AUGGUUUACUAUCUUAUUUCCGACAACGUUAAAAUGCUGCGAAAUAUAUUGAUGGACUACGCAGCUUCUCAAGAGGUAUCACCAUAUGAAUUCAUGAAAUGUUAUUUGGAGAGGAUUCCAGAAAAUACAGAGGAUGCAAAGAUAUCCUGGAUUGCAGAAUCAUUUAUAGGAAUACAGAAACACAGCCAGUUUUUAAAAGAAAUUGCUAAUAAAAUGGAUGAAGAGUUGUCUCAAGAAGACGUUCAUUAUUUUAUGAUCAUACUUCACGCCGUUACAUUUCAAAUUGAUCCGAAAGAAAUGCAGUUACUGUAUAAAUGUCUAUUCAAUCUAAGUAAGCACCUGCUGAAUACUUUUACAAAGUUUUUAAGCACUUUUCUUACUUUUAUAGCACAAGUAGCUCAAAGUCAUUAUGAUACAACUUACAUAACUGAUAAAAUUGUUGCACCUUUAUUUAUGUGGCAACCAUACAUAAGUGAAAUGGCUCAUAACUAUGCGGGAUAUGUAAAGAAGCUAGAAAAUCGUAAAUCAAAACCACCUACAUUACCUGUUCAUCCAAAUGUCUUGAAUAGAAAAGGCAAAGAAAGGCAGCUUUCAUCAACUGGAUCAAUUCCAAUUACCCCUCCGAAUUCAAUACGAACAAAAAGUAAAAAAAUGCUCACAAAAAGUGUCAUUGAUCAAAAACUAAAAUGUUUACAUGAAAAAAAUAAAGAAAGAGCAACACAUAUGUUAAAUGUAGUAAAAAGCAAAAACUUUCAUUAUGCACAAGUUAAAUCGGAUAGGUAUUAUCAAAGACUGUCCGAUAUAAAAGAUGAAUUGGAAAUUCAGUAUGAAACUAAAUUACAUACAAAAUCAAGUCAACCUUCUACUAAACAACCUCCAACGAUUAAUGAAACUGCUACUACAAUUAGAAGAAUGAGUAAACGCAUUCAACAGGCCGAAGAACAAGAAUUAGAAUGGUUUCAAUCUAUGAUGAAAACUUGCAGAAAUACCGCCAAAAUAGAAGAAAUAGAGGAACGUACCCGACAAGAACAGGAAAGAGAAAGGUUACUUGAUAUAGAAAAGAAACAUUUGAAAGGUCUCAUUUCUUAUGAAGAGGCAUUAUUAGCUAAACAAAGAGUAAAAGAUGAAAAUAAGAAAAAAUAUGAGGAAUUCCUUAAAGAAAAAGUAUUAUGGAAUGAGGAAAUUGAGAAAUGGAAAAAGAUGGAAAUGGAAAAAAGUCGAAGAAAUUCGGAGAAACUGUCGGAGAUAGAAUUAAAUAUUCUUAAGGCAAAACAAAAUACUGCUGUCAAGAAAAAAGAAAUUGCUGAAAAAUUAAAGCAAGAAUCUGAACUAUUGAUAGCUAAUGCGUUAAAACAAAAACAGGAAGAGUUAGAACGCAGAGUCAAAAUGAUAAAAGAAAUAAAAAUAUUAUCUAUGAUUGCUAAAAAAGCAAGAGUCCCCAAAAUAAUUGAUCUGACUGAGACAUCAGGUCUCGGUCUUUUGUGUGAAAUGUCUAUGGCAGAAUUACAAGAAAGAUUAUGUGCUUUUAAAAUAGGCUUAAACGAAGAAUUAGAAAGAAAGAAAAAGCUGAUAAAAGAAGCAAAUACAGCGGCAAAGCAAGGUUUAGAAGAAGCGAAAAAGUCAAUUAAAUCAUUUAUGGUAGAUAAAGAAGUGAUUCGUAAAAAGAACACUAAGACAAAUUUGAACAUUGAACCCAAGCCAUCUAAAGAAAUAAAUGAUUUAAAAAAAGUAUUGGAAGAAAAGCGUAAGCAGCGACUUCAAUCUAAAACUUAG